GUGGAGGCCAGUGGAGGGAUUGGCAGAGGGGGGUGGAGGACACUGAGUGGAGGCCAGUGGAGGGAUUGGCAGAGAGGGGUGGAGGACACUGAGUGGAGGCCAGUGGAGGGAUUGGCAGAGAGGGUGGAGGCCAGUGGAGGGAUUGGCAGAGAGGGGUGGAGGACACUGAGUGGAGGCCAGUGGAGGGAUUGGCAGAGAGGGGUGGAGGACACUGAGUGGAGGCCAGUGGAGGGAUUGGCAGAGGGGGGUGGAGGACACUGAGUGGAAGCCAGUGGAGGGAUUGGCAGAGGGGGGUGGAGGACACUGAGUGGAGGCCA